AUGGACGACGCAGCCGGCAUGACAGGAGAAGGAGGCCAGGAAGGUGCUAGUCCUUGCGCCGUCGUCUCCAUGGACGACGCAGCCGGCAUGACACGAGGAGGCCAGGAAGGUGCUAGUCCUUGCGCCGCCAUCUUCGUGGAUGACGCAGCCGGCAUGUCUGUCAGCGACAACGAUGUCCGAAACAUAGUUCUAUCUUAUCUUAUGCACAACUGUUUUAAAGAGACGGCAGAGACAUUCCUAUCUAGCACUGGGUUGAAGUUACCUGUCGACUAUACGGUGGAUGUGGAUAAGCGUAAAGCAAUUUUUAAUUUUGUGCUAGAAGGGAAUGCCCUUAAGGCCAUAGAGCUGACAGAAGAAAUGGCACCUAACUUGCUAGAGAAUGAUAUGGAUCAACAUUUUGAUCUUCUAAGUCUCCACUUCAUUGAGCUAGUUCGUUCCAGAAAAUGCACAGAAGCUCUUGAGUUUGGCCAGAAAAAAUUGACAUCAUUUGGGAAGGUUCCCAAGUAUGUUGAGAAACUAGAGGACUUUAUGGCCCUCCUGGCUUAUGAAGAGCCUGAGAAGUCACCUAUGUUUCAUCUACUAAGCCCAGAGCACAGGCAGAAUGUUGCAGAUAGCUUGAAUCGGGCUGUCCUUGCACAUGCUAAUCUUCCGGCAUAUUCAUCGUUGGAGAGAGUGGUGCAGCAAGCGACUGUGGUUAGACAAUACCUACAGCAGGAAGUUGGCAAGAUACCCCUUAUCUUUCGAUGCAAAUCUCAACGUGUUUGUGUUCAACAGAACUUCAGAGGUUCAUCCGGGAAGAAUUCAAUGACGGUCGGGCCAUGGGGAGGUCUAGGAGGAGAUCCAUGGGACGAUGGUGUUAACUCCGCAGUGCGCCAGAUCAUCAUCAGUCAUGGUGCGGCCAUUGAUUCCAUACAGUUCGAGUAUGACCUGAGAGGAGGCUUAGUCUGGUCAGAGAAGCAUGGGACUAGUGGUGGAGGCUCAAAAACUGAUCAGGUGAAACUUAAUUACCCUGAGGAAGUUCUCACAUCUAUCAGUGGCUGCUAUGGUGCGGUGGGAGCUUCAGUUGUCAUUAGAUCACUUACCUUUGAGAGCAACUGCUCCAAGUACGGGCCUUUUGGCACCGAGCAAGGGACAUCCUUCUCACUCCCGGUGUUCAGCGGCAAAAUCGUCGGCUUUCACGGCCGAUCUGGAACAUGCCUCCACUCCAUAGGCUGCCAUAUGAACAAAGAGAACACAACUAAGCUGUCAAAAAAUGCGCCAUCUGCGCUUCGGAGCAUCACAAGAUCUUAUGACAGGAACGGUCACAGGUAUGCAGAUAGCAGUGCUGGGUAUGACAUGGUUCUUGCAGUGAAGGACAGAGGUGACAACUACAAUGUCCUGACCAGCAGUCUUCCAAAGGAGCAGUAUCCUAAUCCAUCUCAGAUGAGCAAGAUGGUAUCGAUUCCUAGUUUCUACUCGGAUAAUGGGACCAUGACUAUAAGCACUCCAGUGAGAUUUGGUCCCUGGGGUGGAAACAGUGGUACCAUAUUUGAUGAUGGAAUAUACACCGGUGUCCGGCAAAUCAAUUUAACGCGGGGACUAGGGAUAUCUUCCAUGAAGGUUCUCUAUGAUCGCAACGGACAGGCCAUAUGGGGUGACAAGCGUGGAGUCAGUGGGGGUGCUAGACCUGAAAAGGUUGUAUUCGAUUUUCCAUCAGAGAUCUUGACUCAUAUAACCGGUUACUUUGGCUCGACGAUGAUCAUGGGCCCGACGGUGAUCAAGUCACUCACAUUCCACACAACAAAGAAGAGCCAUGGACCAUUUGGGGAUGAACAUGGCACCUUCUUCUCCAGCUGUUUGACUGAUGGAAGGAUAGUAGGAUUUCAUGGCAGGGCAGGGUGGUACAUCGACAGCAUUGGAGUUCAUGUUCUGGAAGGGAAGGUGUUGUCACAGAGAGUUGACACAGAACUGACCGAUGCAAGCCAGUCUCGACAGUCUGACAUGCUUGCACUAGCACGAAGGGAAAUCGGAGACGAGGUUACCUACGGUGUGGUGAAAGAACCCAUACCAAUAGGUCCAGGACCAUGGGGUGGGGACGGAGGCAAGCCGUGGGAUGAUGGCGUCUACACUGGCGUCAAACAAAUCUACAUCAUGAGAACCGACUUCAUCGGGUCUGUUCAGAUCGAGUAUGACAGGAGUGGGCAGUCCAUCUGGUCUACCAAGCAUGGAAAUGGUGGCCAGAUAACACACAGGAUCAAGCUUGACUAUCCACACGAGGUCCUGACCUGCAUCUACGGGUACUACAACACCUGCGUGGAAGAAGGGCCCAGGGUCUUGAGAUCGCUCACCUUCGUCAGCAGCCGAGGGAAGUACGGCCCGUUCGGCGACGAGAUCGGGACCUACUUCAGCUCUGCUACGACGGAGGGGAAGGUGGUCGGCUUCCAUGGCCGGAGCAGCCUGUACUUGGACGCCAUUGGGGUGCACAUGCAGCACUGGCUGGGAGACGUGAAAACUACUAGCGCUUCCAACUCCAAGUACUACAUCUCCAGGUAUCUGUUCUGA